UUACUUAUUAAAAGAAAACAAGUUACUCUACAGUAUAUAUUCCAUCAAUGUGAUCCUAUGCUAAAAAUGGCAUUUUUGUUAUCGACCAGGAGGUCAAGUGAGUGAAAUCCAUAGCUUGGGUUUCCUGUGUUCUUUAUSAAACAACAUGGAAGGCGGAAAUGUGGGUUUCAAAACAAAUAUCGAUCUGUAUGAAAAAGCAAGGCCUACGUACACCAAAGAAAGUGUAGAAUGUCUCCUAGACAAACUAGAAGCACUAAAUGACACUUCCAAGCCUUUGACGAUUCUYGAACUAGGAGCAGGCACGGGGAAYUUUACACGAGUUUUGGUUGACGUUCUAAAGAAUGUUCGAUCAAACGUUCGAAUCAUUGCAAGCGAUCCACAAGCUUCGAUGUGUGAGAAAUUCAAAAAUGUUGUUCCUGGUGUUGAAAUAUUACAUUGCAAAGCAGAGGACAUUAAAUUACCUGAUGCAAGUGUUGAUUUGGCAGUUGCUGCUCAAGCAUUUCACUGGUUUGCAAAUGCUGAGGCGUUAUCAGAAAUACACCGUGUACUGGUACCCAAGGGAAAAAUUGGRGCAAUAUGGAACAUGAGGGAUAGSUGGAAUGUUGACUGGGUUGCCAAAGUGSAAGAUAUCARCAGGCCUUAUUAUGAAAAAUAUCAUUACCCAGGGGGCUGUAAUAUGUGCCCCCCUCGAAUCAACYAGACAAAGUUGUAUACCUCGGUUGAAYUUAAGGAAGAUCUGCAUAACUCCCUUGGACCACUAACAGCAUGUGAUCUUAUUGACUUGUAUAUGUCCAUUAGCUCUAUUCACAAAUCCACAGCCGAUGAAAAGAAAGACAUAGAAAUGAAGAUCAGGCAUGUCUUGGCUAACCAUCCUGAUCUGGACGGAAAGACWACCUUUAUUAUGCCAUAUGUGGUUUACCUGUUUUGGUGCACAAAAAUAUAAAACAUUUGAACAUUUGUAAAAAUAAGAAAUUUAUAUGGACAUUCAAUUGAUAAGGAAAACAGAGAUAUUUCAUCUAAUUAUUCUAAUAAAGACAUUUUUAUACAUGACUAAAAAACAAAAUGUGUUAACAUUGUAAUUSAAUGUAUAUCUAGAUGUUAUGAGCUUAUCUAAUAUAUAGAGGAUAUUACAUGGGCGCACGGAGAUACAGAUUUUAUUUUGAGUGUUGAAAAGAUCUCUCACGAGUAAGCAUAGCGAGAAGAUACAAUUUGUAUCUCAAAGCGAACAUGUAACAUUCUAUUUAUCUUAUAAUUGUAUAUGAAAGCAAAUUAUGUUGGAAAAUACCUUAAAGUUUUUUCUUACUUCCACUAUAUAGAGAAACCCAGAAUGUGUUAUUUUCACUAGUGAAAAUAUAAAGUUUACAAAAAUGGAGAA